AUGGAGGAUUCUCUGGGUGGCUCAGCCCACAGCAUCCUCAUUGCCAACAUUGCCCCCGAGAGACGUUUCUACCUAGAUACAGUCUCUGCACUGAACUUUGCUGCCAGGUCCAAGGAGGUGAUCAAUCGUCCUUUUACCAACGAGAGUCUGCAGCUUCGUGUCUUGGCACCCAUUAAACUGUCUCAGAAAGAACUGGUAGGCCCAUCAGAGGCAAAGAGAGCCCGAGGCCCUGAGGAAGAGGAGAUUGGGAGUCCUGAGCCCACAGCAGCUCCAGCCUCUGCCUCUCAGAAACUCAGCCCCCUACAGAAGCUGAGCAGCAUGGACCCAGCUGUGCUGGAGCGCCUCCUCAGCUUGGACCGUCUCUUGGGCUCCCAGGGGAGCCAAGGAACCCAUGGGCUGAACACCCCAAGGCGAGAGCGGAUAGUGCUCAUGAAGACCAUGGAAGAGAAGGAUUUGGAGAUUGAGAGGCUGAAGAUGAAGCAAAAAGAACUGGAAGCCAAGGUUUUGGCCCAGGAGGCUGUAGACCCAAAGGAUAAAGAAAACUCCUCUCCUGCAGUGCUCCGACCGCUUGCGCGCCGCACAGUCACAGCAGCUAAGCCCCUCAAAAAGGCUGUGGUGAUGCCCCUGCAACUGAUUCAGGAGCAGGCGGCAUCCCCAAAUGCUGAGAUCCAUAUCUUGAAGAAGAAAGGCCGGAAGAGAAAGGUGAGAUUAGCUGGAGGCUUCGGCUACACUUAG